AUGACCCCAACUACCACAACCACUACCACCAUCAUUACCCCAACUAUCAACAGACACAACCACUACCACCAUCACGACCCCAACUAUCACAACCACUACCACCAUCAUGACCCCAACUAUCACAAUCACUACCACCAUCAUGACCCCAACUAUCACAAUCACUACCACCACCACCAUGACCCCAACUAUUACAACCACUACCACCAUCAUGACUCCAUCUAUCACAACCAAUACCACCACCAUGACCCCAACUCUAUCACAAUCACUACCACCAUCAUGACCCCAACUAUCACAAUCACUACCACCAUCAUGACCCCAACUAUCACAAUCACUACCACCACCAUGACCCCAACUAUUACAACCACUACCACCAUCAUGACUCCAUCUAUCACAAUCACUACCACCACCAUGACCCCAAAUAUCACAACCACUACCACCACCAUGACCCCAACUCUAUCACAAUCACUACCACCAUCAUGA